UGUGACCGUGAGCUAACCUCAGUGUGCAGACAUAACAUGUGCAGUGCUGAUACAUUCGGAAAUCAAAUCAAAGAGAACUGUUAUAUCAAAUAAAAUUUUAAGAAUUUUAAAACUGACGUGCAUAUGUAGCGGUAAUGUGAAAGUUUAUGGAAAACAAUGGAUAAGAAUCGGCGAUACGGUGAUCAUACACCAUGGAGAAUGAGUGGCAUACCAGCAAUGUUGUUGGGGCUGGUGGAGGAGCUGGUGCAAGAUUUUGGAGAAAGUGCCUGGGUGGUUUUGCAGGCAGUGGGCCUCGGACCACUACUGGUCAGACUGAGGGAGGAGGUGCGAACAUCAUCAAGAAGAGCACGCCGAAAAUCCUUUGUGCGGAUUGUUGGCUCGGUUUUACCAUUGAAGCCCGUGGAGAGACCGUAUCUAAGGUUUAUUGCCCUGCGAAGUUUGAGCCAGUCCUGCGACUCCUUGUACUCAGGCCAUACCCAGGGCACUAUCGACCCAAAAUGGCUGGCAGAGACCGAACGCUCUAGGUUUAGGCCAAUACUCUCAAGAUGCGAAACAGCCCCAGACCUGUUUGCCUUUGAGCAAGCAGAGAGAGAGCUCCUCAAUGGCGAGUCAUCACCACGCUCGUCAACACCCUUCAGCAUCACUUCGGACCUGGGAUUCAGCAGGAAUCCUUACCCCUCUGAUGCAGCUCCCAGUGCUCAGAUGCACCAUUCCUCUUUUCAACAUUCCACCAUACACGCAGCAUCACCAUUUACAGAUCCGUCAGCCAUAGCUAAAAUCUCGGCUCUGGAGGAUGAGCUCGCAAAACUACGCAUACAGAUAUCCAGUAUCCUAAGUCAGAACCAGAGGCCACUUACUCCACCUUCAACUCCUAUCCCAGGUGACCGACCAGGGUCUCCAGUCAAUUCUUCAGCACCUCCUCCUCCACCUCCUCCUCCACCACCUCCACCUCCUCCACUUCCUCCAUUAGGACUCCCUCCCCCUCCACCACCACCACUACCAGGCAACCAGAGUUUCAAUUCCCAAGCCGACACUCCUGUGCGUAAGCUAUCCUUUGCAGAGCUUAUUGCACAGAACAAAGGCAGCAUCAACAAACACACAGAACCUAUGGAUAUUCCUGUUAAUCAGAGCAGCAAUUCCGGGGCAGUGUCCAUGGCAGAUGUUCUUAAAGGCUUGAACAAAGUUAAAUUAAAGCGUGUAGCUAGAUCACCUGGUGGAACACCAAUACGGGAUAGGGCAAAGUCCCCAGUUGGAGGUGACCCAGCAGCUAUUAUUGCAGCAGCCUUAAAGAAACGCUUUGCCAAGAUGCAUGUUGAUUCACCGGAAAAGGACACAGAUGAGAAAAAUGAUUUUGAUUCGUCUCCAGAAACAACACCGAAAACUUCCCGCAAAAUUAUUCUGCCUAAGCAAAAUUUAGCAAAAUCAGAUAAAGCUGUACGUAAUUUAUUACCAAUCUUGAAGAAGCCAACGCCUAGAAAUCUCAAAGAAGGAAACUCCCCUAAACCAGAAACACCUGUACAAAAUUUGACACCUGUUUUGAAGAAGUCUAACCCUAGAAUCCCCAAACCUUUACCAAAAGAAGUGCCGAAUUCCUUACCUAUUUUUGGGCAGCAUCUCCUGAAGAAGAGAAGUCCACGACCAAUGGAAAAGAGAGAUAGUGUGAGUCCAUCCAGUGAAGCCUCGGACCUUUCUCGGUGAUAGUAUGAAAACGUCAGCCUUGUCAUGGGCUGUGGAGACCAUUUCCAUUUCCUAGAAUCUUUGCCAAAAUUUCCUGGGUAGGAUGUUUUCACUACCCCACCCAUAUUUUGGCCUUGGUAUGCUGCCGUUUACUUCAAGUUUUGGGUUAAGGAAGUUUUAGGAAUGGUGAAUAGUGCAGAUGUACAUUUUUUCAUUUUUAUUUUUAUGUAUAUAUAUAUAUAUAUAUACAUAUAUAUAUAUAUAUAUAUAUAUAUAUAUAUAUAUAUAUAUAUAUAUAUAUAUAUAUAUAUAUAUAUAUAUAUAUACAAGCUCACAUGUACACACAAACAUACACAUGACUACAUUAGAACACAUAUUCAUCUUGAAAUUAUCAUUAGCAGCAACAUUAACAAUUUCAUUAUUUAUAUGCAUAAUGUGUGUUGUUAUAACAUUCCACUGUGGGUCAUCUGAAAAUAUCCCAAAUUGAUAAACAUGUUCAUUCCUUUGCCUUCCAACUUGAACUUAUUUUAAAUGUAAGUACAUAAUGAGUCAGUGCUAGUAGUCCGAAGGCUGUGAAUUCAUUAUUGAAAUGAAGUUCAUAAACAGUGCAAGUAACAGGGCAUGGAAUCACUGCCUUUUAUUGCAUACUUUUGGCAUGAAGUCAUGGGUUGUCAUUGUCAUGGUUUGCAUGGCCCAUGUUGUCUCUUCCAAACUUCUCACACAAGUGCUUUGUGACAUGCACAUAUGUUAAUGAAUGUGUUUUGUCUUAAACACAUGUCAUUUUUAGCCCUUGAAUGGUAUUUAGUCAUUUCAUACUUCUUUGGUUGCAAGAGAUGUGUUGUUUACUUUGCUCAAAUAACUAGCAAUAUAAGUUGGGUUUUGCUCACAUCUGUUGUGUCCACUCCUUAUGACUUCACAACAUUAAAUUCUGACUUUGUUUUAUGUCUUCGCUUCUCCACUCAUGUUAUUGUAUUCUAUGCUCUACCUCUCCAAGUUCCCUAAUAAAGGAAUAUUCUUGGAUUUCUGUACUUAUUGCCAGUGUCUGAGGGAAUUGUGGGUUGUUGACAACACAGGCCAGUAUACGCCAGAGGAAUGACUCUUGCCAGGUUGAUUGACAAGGAGCUAUGAGGUUGUCUUCUUUAAGGAUACUGCUGUAGCAUCAUGUAAAGGCUUUAUCACUGUUGCUUUCUUUGACAUGUUCUGUGUUAUCUCGUUGACAUCUUGAGAUCGCUGUCUUUAAAUCUGUACUUCAUUAGCCUGUCAUUUCAUCAAAAGUGCAACCAAAGUUUCCAGCUUUGCUAUAAUAAGUGCCAAAAAUAGAAAGUCAAAUGUAAAGUCAGCUUUGUAUGUGUAAAUAUAUUGCGUUGUAAGAAUGCAAUGAAUGUUUGUAUUCUUUCUAUGUACAUUCCCAGUCUAAAAAACAGAAUGACUCUGUUUUCCAUCAUGAAUGCCUUAUGGAUAGCUAGAGAACUGCCUUUCAUUAUUGUAGAAGCAAAAGACAGAGUAAAGGCAGGAUAUUGCUUUGUGUCUAUAAGUAUGGCUUACUUAUGCAGCAAUACAUAUCCAUUUUUCUGUCCCAUGAUCAUAAUUGUUAUGGUGACUGUCUCUGAUAAUCCUGCCAAUGUGUUAUUCAUAAAUGAUUUUGUAUGCAUUUACUUCGAAUAUUUAUUUAUUGCCUGUCCUAAUGAGAGUUCCUUUAAUGUAAUUAUUACAGCAGAUGUGGCUAUCAUUAUUGCCAUUAUUAUUUCAUUACUGUUCUUUUUAAUAUCAGUUAUUAUUAAUAUUAAUUAAUAGCAGUAUGAUUAUGAUUGCCAGCAAUUCUUAUAUGGUGGUUUGUAAUGUACUAAUAAGUUUUAACAUUAGGUAAAAGGUGAUUGAUGGACAUGCACAGACUAAAUAGUGAGAUUAGUAAAUAUUUUGUAAUGCGAGCUGUGAGUACCAGUCAUGGUUAUUUGAAAAUCAGCAAAAUUAUUAUAUUUCAAUCUUCCAUCACUUUUCACAAUUUGCAGCUUCUCUGGCCAUGUUAAGGGAUAGAGAAUAGGUUGCAGCUUAGAAAAACUAAAGGCAGUCAAAGCUACAUCAAAACAAGUGCUCUAUAUUUUGGUUAGUUAAAUUGGGUUAUAUUUGUUUGCUUGGUUGUUUGUGUGCAGUAGUUGUGCAUUUUUUUUCUUUCUUUUUUCUUCACUGCAUUUAUUUUUUAUUAGGAAUAUGAAGCUUGGAUGUUUGCAUUAUUAUCUAAGGUAAAAGACCUUAGUGUGAUUUUUUGUAAGUAUCGGUAAAGCAUUUACUGAAGGUGAAUAGCACAAAUUUAUGAAAUUGGUGAAAUUUCUCUCUUCCGUCACAUUGAAAGUUCAUAUCUUAUGAUUGUGUAACUUUUCCACUAUUUUAGGUGACAUGGAAUUAAAAAGAGAGUAAUUGGAAAGUAGAACAAGGUGAAUGUAUGGGCAAAAUUCUUUGUUGUGUCUGUGAUGUAAACCACAGAAAUGGACACUUGAGAAGGACUAUAUUUUUAUAUAACAAGUAGUUUUUCUGUAGAGCUGUUCUGUGAUGGAGGAAACAUAUCAGUCUUGGAUCAAAGUAAUAAUUUGAAAGUAGACUAGUUUCAUACAGAAUGUGUGCAUCAUACAUCAGAAUUAUGGAAGAUACUGAUUUUGUGAAGUAUUUUGGAAAAGGUUGAUAUUUAUUAGGAAAUACAUAGAGUAGUGAAUACAAACUAGGAGAAUGGUAUUUUGUAAUACUCUGUAUUUGAUAUAUUCAAUAGCAAUGAUAUAAAGGUAGAAUUGGAUAAGAAGGUGCUUAAAUAACAAACUCAUGAAGUGAAGGUAAUUCAGAAAACCCUGACUAUGCAAUAUACACAUGUAAAUCUCAUAGUGCUCCACAGAUGCACAAAAUGUAUGUUACAUUAUGUAUUUAUGCAUAUGAGAAUUUUGAAAGUGGUAUCAUUUCUGACACUUCUUUUCCUUUCUCACUUUCCCUUCCUCACCAUUUUUAACCUACUUUUAUUCUAUGAAUCAAGCCAGUGUCAAGUUAUUCAAAGAAAGAGUGGUUUAUAAUCUGUGAGUAUCAUUGGAAGAUAGUUAUAAAGUUGCAAAGGCAGUACUGCCUUUGUAUAUUUAAGAGGAACUGUUUUAGAAGAAAGUUUUCAGCCAUUGAGGUUGAGAAAAUAAUUUCACUUUUGUUGAAAUACUGUUGCUUUACCAAGAUAGAAUUGCCUUUAUAUCUCAAGUGCUAAGGUUUGUCAAAUUUGCUUUGUAAUGCAAACAAGAAACCUUGUAGUCAUAUAUUUUUGCUGAGCAUUUUUAUUGUGUAUUUAUAUGAUAUCUGGUGCCUUGUAAUGUGAUGCAUUAUCUGUAGUCAAUAUUACAAAUGUAUUUUUGUGAAUAUUGUAACUAUUUUGACAAGUAAAUAUAAUGAAAAUGUU